AUGCACCCCAUCUAUCAAACAGACAGAGUGGAUGAUCUCUGCCAUCCCAUCGAAUAUGGAGACUGCCCAAAUCCAGAGCCUGUCGACAUUGUUCUUCCUCCAUCACCAACAACAAGCAACUCACCAGACACCUCAUCGAGUCCUGACGAUGAAAGGCCUCUCAAGAUGAAGACUCUGAUGAAGGAAUACUCCGAAGCAAGAGACUCAGAACGACCACCACCAGUCAUUCCCUCUACAGAACCUCAUCGUAGUGCAAAGAAGAACACCUGGUUGCUCAAGCUUUGCAUAAAGAUGAUUUCGAAGCUGAACCCCAAGAGGACAAGCGAGAAUUGCAAGAAGCCCAGACAUAGCAAGAAGAGGGACAGAUCUUCGAGUCGCAGAAUGAGAGAUGGCGAAGGUGAAUACACUAACCCUGGAGUGACGCAACCAUUCUUUAUGGAUCCCAUCUUUGGAGGGGCAGCCCUUGGUGGAGCAGCCUUUGGGGGUGCAGCCUUUACAGGGGCAGGGCCAGCCUGUGCAAAUUCUUGUGGUAACGCUUGCGGUUGUUAG